AUGGGAUCAUAUUCAUCUUGUUCUCAGCUGCAUUCCCAGCGCCUGGGACAGUCCCAGAUACAGAGCCCCACACGGAGCUCAGGACCCCCAAAGAGGCGGCGGCAGGAGCGCACCGUGUACACCAAAGAGCAGCUGGACGUGCUCAAGGAAUACUUCCAGAAGAACGCGUACCCCGGCUACCAGGACCGCCUGCACCUGGCGACCAGGCUCAGCCUAGAGGAGCACAAACUGCAGGUGUGGUUCAAGAACCGCCGGGCCCAACGCUCCCGGCUGCAGCGACUGGCCGAGGGCCGGCGCCAGAGCGCCCGCGAUGCUCCCGCGGACCCCGGGAUCCCCGCUCUGAACGUCCCCGCCCCCGCCCCGUUAUUCGGGGCGCCCGUGGGCAAUGCUGUCAAUGCCUAA